AUGGGCCACCGUAGAAGGCCCAGAACUUCAAUUCGUUCUUUCCACGGCCGUCCUUCUUGCUUCUCUAAUGUUACAUUUUUCUCUUCCGUCCUCUCCAUACAAAAAAUCUCAGCUUGGUGGAUUGCCCCGCUGCUCAGUUCCGAGCUGUAAGUCCCCAAUUCUUCAUCCGGUGGGUUCUGGGUAGCUUCAGAGGGUUUUGUGUGGAACCUGAACUUGAGGCAAAAUGGGGAUCAUCGAGAAGAUUAAGGAAAUCGAGUUCGAGAUGGCUCGAACUCAGAAGAAUAAAGCCACAGAGUACCAUCUUGGUCAGCUUAAGGCGAAGAUCGCAAAGCUUAGGACACAGUUGUUGGAGCCUCCAAAAGGAUCUAGUGGAGGUGGGGAUGGUUUUGAAGUUACUAAAUUUGGUCAUGGUCGAGUUGCACUUAUCGGGUUUCCAAGUGUGGGGAAGUCGACUCUUUUAACUAUGUUGACGGGAACCCAGUCGGAAGCUGCAUCAUAUGAGUUCACAACACUUACCUGUAUUCCCGGCAUCAUACACUACAAUGACACAAAAAUUCAGUUGCUUGAUCUUCCUGGAAUCAUUGAAGGUGCUUCAGAAGGCAAAGGACGUGGAAGGCAGGUAAACUUGUUGCAGUCCUAGGUGUUUUGCAGUUGUAUGUCAUAGUUGGGAUUUGAUGAUUGCAGGAUUGGUUCAUAAAUUGUGCUUGUUUCAGGUUAUUGCUGUUGCAAAGUCUUCGGACAUAGUUUUGAUGGUUCUUGAUGCUUCCAAAAGUGAGGGUCAUCGUCAAAUAUUGACAAAGGAACUGGAAGCCGUCGGUUUGCGUUUAAACAAGCGACCCCCUCAAAUUUAUUUCAAGAAGAAAAAAACUGGUGGAAUCUCUUUCAAUAGUACUAUGCCCUUAACCCAUGUUGAUGAAAAGCUCUGUUACCAGAUUCUACAUGAGUACAAGAUUCACAAUGCAGAGAUCCUAUUUCGUGAGGAUGCCACAGUGGAUGAUUUUAUAGAUGUCAUCGAGGGUAAUCGUAAAUACAUGAAGUGUGUGUAUGUCUACAACAAGAUAGAUGUUAUCGGUAUUGAUGACGUUGACAAUUUAGCUCGGCAGCCCAAUUCUGUUGUCAUCAGCUGCAAUUUGAGGCUCAACUUUGACAGACUGCUUGCAAAGAUGUGGGAAGAAAUGGGGCUUGUGAGAGUCUACACAAAGCCACAAGGCCAGCAACCCGAUUUUGGUGAUCCAGUGGUUCUGUCAGUUGUAUGUAACGCAAAUUCACUCUACUUUUGGACAGAUGCAAUGUUGGUACUUGUUGGAGUUUCGUCUAAUUUUGGGACUACGAUUUGUGUGCCACAGGACAGAGGAGGGUGCUCGGUUGAGGACUUUUGUAAUCACAUCCACAGAAGUUUAGUCAAGGAUGUGAAAUACGUGCUGGUAUGGGGCAUUAGUGCACGGCAUUACCCACAGCACUGUGGUCUUGCUCACGCUCUUCACGACGAGGAUGUCGUCCAAGUUGUUAAGAAAAAGGAAGGGAAUGAAGGAGCAAGAGGUCGUUUUAAGUCGCAUUCUGAUGCUCCUGCUCGAAUAUCCGACAGACAAAAGAAGGCGCCUUUGAAGCAGUGAACAAUGAUCGAGAGACAAGCCCCCUGGGAGACUAGUUGCCUCGAAUUAAGACCGAGUUAGUGGCAGCACUGCACUUGUUUUAUUUUGUAUCAGAAUCUUGGCGAGGAGUGCUUUGCUCAUGUUUUAUGGUCGCAUGAAUCAAGAGGACUUGCCUCAAUUUUAGAGGACGUACAUUUGAAAUUUUGGCCACCAAUGGUGGCUGGUGGGUGCUCGAGUCAUAUACACCUAUUUUACAGAUGAACGAGGCACGAUCUGUUGCAGAAUCUAUUUGGGUUCUUGCUUUUUUUCGUUGUCCUGCUAUGCUCAUUUUCCUUCCUCAUGAGUCAUGAGUGCUGUAUUUAGCUACAUACUCAGAACUCAGAAGGCCGAAGUAACAAUCUUCCUUCCGAAAAAAAAAAGCUAUCAAUCGUCUCUUUCUCCACCAA